AAAGAGGUUAAUAGGCAGAAGGAAAAUGAAAUGAUGAGAGAGAAAGAGAGAGAGACAUAGAUAGAGGGUGAGAUAGAGAGAUAGAGUGGGACAAAGAGAGAGAGGGACAGAGAGAGAGAGAUAGACAGAGAGAGACAGACAGAGAGAGAGACAGAGGCAGAGAGAGAGAGACAGCGAGAGACAGAGAGGCAGAGAGAGACAGAGACGCAGAGAGAGAGAGAUAGAGAGAGAGUGGAACAAAGAGAGUGGGACAGAGAGAGACAGAGAGACAGAGAGUGAGACAGAGAGAGAGAGAGAGAGAGACAGAGGGAGAGAGACAGAGAGAGAGAGAUAAAGAGAGAGAUAGAGAGAGAGAGACAGAGAAAGAGAGACAGAGAAAGUGAGAGAGAGAGAGAGUGAGGAUGAGAGAGAGGGAGAAAGAGAAGGUCUGAGGUGAACAUUGUUCAUCAGUAGUUGCUCCAGCUAGCUGAUCUCAGGAGCAGGGACUGAAGGGGGAGGGCACACUUCUGGAGAUGUCUGCUUGGUUUCGAGGUGUGGUACAAGCCAGCUCUACAUAUUGACUGAGACACACGCAACACUGCCCAGACAGAGCUCGCCACAUCGGUGGGAUUCAAUAUGAAAAUCCUUCUCCUCCUAACUUUCCUGCUUGUACUAAGUUGCAGCCACAGUAUUGUCAUCACUGGGCCCUGUUUGCGGGACAUGCACUGUGGGUCUGCUUCAUGCUGUGCCGUCAGUCUGUGGAUGCGUGGGCUGCGAAUGUGCUCCCCCCAGGGUGGUGCUGGAGACCCCUGUCACCCCCACAGUCACAAGGUGCCAUUCUGGGGGAAGCGGCAGCACCACACCUGUCCGUGCCUGCCCCACCUGUCCUGUGGCCGGUUCCCCGACUCCAGCUUCCGAUGCACCCCCCACCUCAAACAGCUGCAGUGA